AACUGUGAGAGACUAUGUAAUGAGUCUAUAAAGUCAGAUUUUUUUUACUAAGAUUAAUUGACUUAGCCGCAUUUACUGCUUGCAUAGCACAUUACCAUAUUUUAGCUUAUUCAAAAACAAAUUAUGAGGUUUCGCUGAUAAGAAGUGGUUCAGGUUUAUAAGACUUUUCUUCGAGCGCAGGUUAGCAAGGUUUUUACCUAGUAUUAUUAAUUGCUUUUGGAUUCUCUAUAAACACUUAAUAGGAUUUCAAAAAAGGGACCUUUUGCCACAUUGYCUGGUCAUAAUUGAAUUAUUGUUGUUGAGCAAGAGUAGCUGCUCCCUGGCCGAUGCUUUUGUUCACGAUUUUCAGUGUAUCUUGUCAUCAAGAGUUCCGUAGAAACUAACAUGGCUUAAAAAGGCACUUGCCGUAAACCUGUGCAACAGCUUUCAUAUUACAGUGAUACCAGAUACUAAACUGCUCACGUCAAGUGCUGAAAGUAUUUUUUUUUCUUGAAAGUUCUUGUGUUUUUUGUUUUUUAAGAAAGGCAAGCUUGUUCUCUACAUUGCUGCCAAAUUAGAGCUAAUUAAAUUUUCAGCUUAAAGAUAUAAAGAUGUGCUACAUUUUAACAAAGAAAACACUAAACAGAUUUUGUGGAGUAUUCUACAUAAAUAAACAAGCACGAGAACUAGACUAAAAACAACGUUUUGCUAAGCGCGUGAUGAAAUGGCUUCACCAUAAAAAAAAAAAAAAAAAAAAAAAAAAAAAAAAGAUUCAGAAAAGUAGACAAUAAUCUCAAAAGGAUUUUUGGGUUUUACUAUCUGAUCCCCAUCUUCGUCCAAUCUUUGGUCUACUUUACAAUGAUACCACAUGGGAUUUAUAGACAAAGUUAUACGGUUUCUUUUAUAGUUUUGUUCAAAAAAGCAUAUGYGAUUUUUAUUAUGACUAAUACAUAGAAGGUUUUCUGACAGACAUUACCAGUGGCAAAUUUAGCGGUUCYGUGACGUUCUUUGUUGGCUGUCUGCGGUAACUGAUAAGMACAAAAAUGAGGUCAUUCCAAGAAAAAAAAGUUACGUCACUUUGAGUGAGCCAUUCAAUGAACUUUUUUAAUUUUCAUCGAGAACAAUACUCUACUACUGUCAUAUCGGUGGCGCCUURCCCUCCUCGAAUCCAUUUAGAAAUACUUAAGCCUUUGAUACUUAGAGUUUGUGGCUCUAUACAAAUCACAUAUAACAAUACAAAUAAUUAACAAAGGUAUCCUGGACAGUAAAUAAUAUCAGGAUUUUUCUUUUGUUUACAAUYCAACCACAGCAACCUGUGUACUACGUCACUGAACCACUAAAAAGCAAAUUACAGCGAUUUUGGCGACUAAAGGUCGUGAGCAACCCUCCACGAAGACUGUUUUAUUCACAUUAGUAAGCUAGCAAGAGACUUUCCAUUUUUUCUCCGAUUUGAGAUCUGAAUUUCGUUGGAGMAAAGUUAGUUUAAAAUGGAUCUAUAUCUUUAAAACCUUUCUCUAACUUUAAGUGGGAUGCAUUCAAGGAUUUUUGGAAACAAGAAUGAGCAAACUGUUGUCUGCAAAGGUGCGAGUACGGUCGGUGCCUGAGGUGCUCCUGAAAUCGAAUUAGUCGUGGGAUUUGUGAACAAAACCUAAUCAAGAAUAUAGCGAGAUCCUGAAAGACUCGACCUGUGAAAUGAACCCUUCAAGUAACAAUACAACUAACGGUUCUGUAGUGAACAACACUGGGAGGUUAAGGCAUGGAUAUGGAGAACGCAAGGCAAAUUUUGAAAUCGCUUAUGAUUCCUGCUUGAUCGUGUUAGCACUGUUUAUAAUAGCAAUCAAUGUACUUGUGCCUGCGCUGUUCCUUCGAAACCGUGCACUGAGGACAAAAACGAACAUGCUGUUGGUCAGCUURGCCAUCGCUGACAUGGUCAUGGGACUUGUUGGAAUCCCUAUGUACAUUUCUUGUAACACGCUAUACAUGUUUUUUGAAUACCGUGGAAUGUGUUUCGCUGCAAAUGUGGUGUAYCGUUUCAUCGCCGUCUCCACGAUUUUCCACAUAUUCGCCAUAACCAUCGAAAGRUACAUCUCGGUAAGCUACCCCUUCAACUAUGUCACCUGGGUUAAAAUGAGCCGUUUGCGGAURAUCAUCGCUUCCAUUUGGAUUCUUUCACUUUUCAUGGCUUUGGUGCAGCUCAGUUUGCAAGACUUGACAAAAGAUUACUACAUGGMAGACGAAGGAGAAGUCGACCCGUUUCUCUAUAGAGCUGGACUUAUUUACAACCUAAUCGGCGUKAUCGUCUGCUUCACAAUCCCACUUACAAUCAUGAUUUUUAUCUAUUGGAGGAUGUUCGUGAUUAUCCGAACGCAGAUCAAAAGGAUCAAACAGCAGAAUGUCACAGGUUUCGAAGAGAAUUGCAAACCGUUGUCCUCCGAGCGRAGRGCAAUCACAAUAUUUGCUUUGAUGUUGGGUUUUUUCACGACAUGCUGGCUGACGUGGUAUUUAUCGCUSUUGGCCAACUACAUUAACGUUGUAAUGUAUGUGCCAGAACUAGUGUAUGAGAUUUUCGACUUUUUACGCUUUUCAACAUCUUUUAUUAACCCACUCUUGUACACUUUCCUGAAAUCUGACUUCAGAAGGGCGCUUUUCCGACUAGUCUCAUCGAAAUUUGGCAGGAAUAGGAAUAAACAGAGUUUCACGACCGAUGCAAAAGUUGCUUUAACAACAGCUGUACAUAACAAAAACAGCAAUGGAGACACCGACGACGAAACGAAAAAACUAACAUCGAUCUGAACMGCAUAAAUUUUGUUCUGAAUAAUUCAUAAACGUAAAAACAAUCAAAGAACGGCUUCUAUACAUGGCAAGGUGUUAGUAGCCAUAGACAUUUAAUGAAUUUAUUUUUAAUGAUUUUAAUUAAGCUAAAGGCUUUUUACUUUUAGCAUAGCACCCUGUAUAAGUUCAAAGGCUUAGAUUUUUCUCACUGGWUUUCGACUGUGAUCGUUAUAAUCAGAAUAAAAGGCCUACGGCUCCACGCAUCUAUGACGACACAGCCUCAACAAAGAAGACGUUUUUGCGAAAGGUUUCCGCUAAAUCCAACGCUUUCAGUAACAGCUAUCUCUGUUGAUAUAUAGUUAAAGCUAUCACGGUAUAUUGUUAAUUUAAAAGUGUGCAAGAGCGAAAAAGAUUAACACAAAAAUAUAUAAUUCAUCGGUGUGAUUUUCAAUUAACGAUUUGAAGUGAAAAAGGAUUAGUAGAGCGCCUUUGGGAAUUGGACCAAAACAAAUGCCAAAACRUAAAUACCUUUUGUUUAGAGGUUGUUAUGGCGAAGACGACGAGAGCAAUUACGUUUCUUCCCUCGCCAAGAUGUAAACUACCCAAAAUUCCGAUCAAAACAAAAACAGGAAGAAAAAAAAAAAACAGCGUUUUCAUUCUCAAAUAUUUGCACCAUACUUAUUUUUUAUAUUUUUUAAUGACACCACAUAAUCUUAAUCCCCUGGAUAUUAAAUAAUACAGUAAAAAAGCAAAAUCAUUGUAGUUUGACUUUUGAGGUUCCACUAGAGGAUUAUUUCAGAUUAUCUAGUAUAAGACGAACAAUAUCUCUUCCACAGAAAACUCGUUUUAUUGUUAGGCUGGAUCCAAAUCAGUGGUAGAUAUUUUUGGGGGGGUCCGAGGGAAUGCUUUCUAUAGAUUACGGAUCUUAAGGUCAUUAUUUUUGACAAACAGAAUAAUAAUAUAUCACUUUUGUAGUUCUUCGAGUGAUAGAUUUCAAGAUAGAUAACGCUUUUUGGAAAAUCUCAAAGA